GGGCCCGCAGGUGGGCAACGCGCUGGGGAGCCUGGAACCGCUGCGCUGGAUGCUGCGCUCGCCCUUCGACCGAAACGUGCCGGUCAACCUGGAGCUGCAGGAGCUGCUUUUCGACUACAGCUUUCAGCACCUGGGUGUCUCCUCGCAGGGCUGUGUUGAUCAUCCCAUGGUAUUGACCGAAGCUGUGUGCAACCCACUGUACUCAAGACAAAUGAUGUCUGAGCUUCUUUUUGAGUGCUAUGGGAUUCCAAAGGUUGCGUAUGGGAUAGACAGUCUCUUCAGCUUCUACCACAACAAGCCAAAGAACUCAAUUUCUAAUGGGCUUAUCAUUUCAUCUGGAUACCAGUGCACACACAUUUUACCCAUCUUAGGUGGGAGGUUAGAUGCUAAAAAUUGCAAGCGCAUCAAUCUUGGAGGAAGCCAAGCAGCUGGCUACCUCCAGCGUCUCCUCCAACUGAAGUACCCCGGACACCUGGCCGCCAUCACGCUCAGCCGCAUGGAGGAGAUCCUGCACGAGCACAGCUACAUUGCCGAGGAUUAUGUGGAAGAAUUGCAGAAAUGGCAGUGCCCUGAUUAUUAUGAGAACAACGUCCAUAAGAUGCAGCUCCCAUUUUCCAGCAAACUCCUCGGCAGCACCCUGACCUCUGAGGAGAAACAGGAAAGGCGGCAGCAGCAGCUGCGGCGGCUGCAGGAGCUCAAUGCACGGCGGCGGGAGGAGAAGCUGCAGCUGGACCAGGAGCGGCUGGACAGACUGCUUUAUGUACAGGAACUUCUAGAGGAUGGCCAGAUGGAUCAGUUUCACAAAGCUCUGAUCGAGCUGAACAUGGACUCUCCAGAAGAGCUGCAGUCCUACAUACAGAAACUCAGUUUGGCAGUGGAGCAAGCUAAGCAGAAAAUCCUUCAAGCAGAAGUCAACCUUGAGGUGGAUGUGGUCGACAGCAAGCCAGAGACUCCUGACCUGGAGCAGCUAGAGCCAUCUUUGGAGGACGUGGAAAACAUUAAUGAUUUCGAACCCUUGUUUUCAGAGGAAACACCUGAAGUGGAGAAACCGGUCGCCACCGUCCAGCCCGUGUUUAACUUGGCAGCGUAUCAUCAGCUGUUCGUUGGGACAGAAAGAAUCCGAGCUCCAGAAAUUAUCUUCCAGCCGUCUCUCAUUGGAGAAGAGCAGGCUGGGGUAGCCGAGACCCUCCAGUACAUUCUGGACAGGUACCCGAAGGACGUUCAGGAGACACUGGUUCAGAACGUCUUCCUCACUGGCGGGAACAUGAUGUACCCUGGCAUGAAAGCCAGAGUUGAAAAGGAACUGCUAGAGAUGAGACCCUUUCAGUCUUCCUUCCAGGUUCAGCUGGCCUCAAACCCUGUGCUGGAUGCCUGGUAUGGUGCUCGUGCCUGGGCCUUGGACCACCUGGAUGACGACGAAGCCUGGGUCACCAGGAAAGACUAUGAAGAGAAGGGAGGAGAGUACCUCAAGGAGCACUGUGCCUCCAAUGUCUACGUCCCCAUCCGCCUUCCCAAACAGGCCUCACGCUCAGAAGCCCAGGCUCCCAGUAAAGGCUCAGGGACCAGUGGAAGUGGUGCUGGGGAGCAGGCAUAGCCAAGGGCCUGCACCUGGAGCCAGGCUGCAUCGGAAGCAUGAUAGGACAGUGACUGUGUCGGAUGUAUUCAGCCGAGUCUACUGGGCAAAGUCAUUUCUCCUAAGGAGAACAGAGUUUGGGACCUGGAGUUUACCUUUCAGAAUCACGUCCAUUUGGGGCUUCUGCAGUGAAGUAAUGAAGCAGCCGUCGUACGUCUUUGGGGAGCCACGGUCAAGCUGUGGCAUGGGCUCUCUGCGGCG